AUACGCUUCGCCUUCUUCAACCCUCCAUCGAACUCGCAGACUCACUGAAAACCUUCCCGUAAACCUUUACCACUCACACUUUCGCUCUAUAUCAGCCAUGGCUCUCAAGCGAAUCAACAAGGAACUCACUGACCUUGGUCGUGACCCUCCUUCGUCAUGCUCAGCUGGCCCUAUCGGCGACGAUCUGUUCCACUGGCAAGCCACAAUCAUGGGACCAAGCGACUCACCAUACUCCGGAGGCGUAUUCUUCCUCGCGAUUCAUUUCCCCACAGACUACCCGUUCAAGCCACCCAAGGUCAACUUCACGACCCGCAUCUACCACCCCAACAUCAACUCGAAUGGUAGCAUUUGCUUAGAUAUCCUGCGAGACCAGUGGAGCCCGGCGUUGACCAUAUCGAAAGUGCUGCUCUCGAUCUGUUCUAUGUUGACUGACCCAAACCCCGACGACCCGCUCGUUCCCGAAAUCGCACAUGUCUACAAGACCGACCGUCCAAGGUACGAGGCAACAGCAAGAGAGUGGACCCGCAAGUACGCUAUCUAGUCGUGUGCAAGAUGGACGAGACAGAGCCAGGCAAAGCCGUACCACAGCGCGGCCAUCACGAAGCGAAUUAUUUCAGCAUGGACUGCAGAGCAUGGGCAACGAGACUUCGAAAUAGAACGGAUGGAAGGUUAGGAUUAGCCCCGUGGACGCAAAACAUCAUAUCACGAGCAAUUCUUUGACUUUUUUCUUCUUGUCCACCACGAGGGAA